AUGGUAAAGGAUCCCAAAAACGCGAUGGUCGUCGUGGUCGACACCAAGGCUCUGGUUCCUGGCGAAAAAACACGGAUUCCUCGCAGCAAGGUCGUAAACAAGGCCGCCAACAAGACAAUCAGCAAGCUAAUCAGCAAGCUCCCCGGCAAGCAAGACCGCCAGAAAGACCGCCAGAAAGAUCACCAUCAGAAUUAUCAGUCAUUCCGCCAACCAACCCAGCAGCCGAUCCAACAGUCAGCUCAGCAAUCAGCUCAGCAACCAGCUCAACAGCCAGUUCAGCACCUAAACCACGAAUCUAGCCACGAGUCUGGUUAUGAACCCAGUUUUGGAUCUAGCAGUCAGACUCUCACCGACGGUAAUCAUGCCGUUGUGAGAACUCUCGUCGAAGAGGUUGAUGCUCUGAGACACGCUAUUGAAUUUGUCGGACAGCGGAAUGUCGAGACACUUGCCCACUUCGAGGCAUUGAAAAAAGAAUUCUCCAGCUUGAUGCAGAAAUACACGCGCCUCGAGAAUUCAUUCAAAGAGAGCGUCGUCAGCAUUCCAGGGGGUAAUCAGAUCCUACAGUCUAUGAAAGCAACCGAAGAGCGCCGGCGACGCACAGCCCGCAACUCGGUAGCAAUCCCUGUUACUGCCCCUGGUCAGUCUCAGAAUGAGCUUAUACCAGAAGAGAAGCUUCUCAUUGAUGAAACCAUUGACUACUGCUUCGAACUCCUCCACCAUCAAGUUCACGUAACUAAUGAACUCCGCGAGAAGCUCGACCUGGCGACCCAAGAGAACGCCGAGCUUCGAGCUCGCCUCCAGUCUAACUCUUAG